GUGCUGAAUCGACUCCAUGAUGUCGGUCACAAAACUGAUCUUCAUCAAGUGCCUUGAUCGUCUUUUUCGUCUAGCCUAAGCAAGGCAGCACAUAGUGGUGAAGUACUUAUUUGCCCACCGCAGGAAAUGCUCGAGCCUUGGCGCAACUCUAGGCGAUGGACUUCCUGGCCUUUCUGAGUGAUUUCUUCAGACCGUGCCACGCCUUCGAAAAGCCUGGCAACGCUCCUCGCGGCCAGUGUGAUGGAGGUGCGACCUGUUAUCCGGCCGCGACCGACGCACCCACCCGGGCGCUGGACGAUAAAGAGCAGCACCGCAAUGCAAGCAACUGUGUUGCGGCGAUCGCCAGCGGGGAAGUAGAUCUCGAUCUUCGUCUUCAAAUACAUAGAGGCAGCGUCGGACUUCAUAGCGCCGCGGCCGGCCCGUCUGCGCAGGGACGUCCCCCGAGCUUUUCGGCAAACAUACCAACGACCGCCCGCCGCCGCCGCCGCCGCCGGGGGGCGGGCGACGUCGGCCACCUUGGCGCGUCAUUCCGGG